UCACUAUGAGCAAGACCGGAGUGCGCUUAAGCGGAAAGAAUGGGAGAGAAGAAACCAAGAAGUCCAGCAAGAUGAAGAUCUCUUUGCUUCAGGUUUUAACCUCUUUGGGGAACCCUACAAGACAAAUAAAGGUGAUGCCCUUGCAAACCGUGUCCAGAACACACUGGGAAAUUAUGAUGAGAUGAAGGACCUGUUAACCAACCAUUCCAACCAGAGCCACCUUGUAGGAAUCCCAAAGAAUUCUGUCCCACAGACACCCAUUGACAAAAAUGAACAGAACUUUUUCCCAGAACCAAGAAACAGGAUGAUCCCAUCUCAUCAGAUCAGUGGCCACUCAUCGACAUCAAUGCCUCCGCCUUCUUCAUUGUCAUCUAAUUCUACUUUGCUACACAGUCACCAGAGCAGCAGGAAGUCGAGGACAGACUGGUCACGUGGUGGUCACAACUCUAGUGGGGCCCAGCCAAGCCAAUCCAGUAGUCAGCAGAGUCGGACAAAGCAUAGCUCUUCUCAUGACCAGCCACAGGGCAGGUAUGAAGACCUCUAUAAUUGUCAGAGUGAGCAGCAUAAAAGUGGAGGAACUGAGGAAGCAAAUUCUAUGGCAGCAUCUUCACAUUCGAGGAGGCAUACUCAUUCAAAGUCAGCAGCUGGAGAACAUACUUACAAAGAAAACAGUCAUUCGAAGUCACCCACAGAGCUUGAGUUUGUAGGUCAUGGUCCUGGAUCUCCACUUCCUUCCACAUCUUUGUUAUCUGCGAACAAUGGUCUUUCGACCCAGAAUUUCCCACCAGGACUUCACUGUAAAAACAGCAUGGUCCAGCAAAAGCCUACAGCAUAUGUCAGGCCUAUGGACGGUCAGGACCAGGUACCCAAUGACUCACCUGAACUGAAACCUCCGAUAGAAAUUGAGAGUGGAUAUGGAAAUCAGUCCUUUGGAACACUGCUGGAAGGAAAAGUGAACACACCUAGUUCGAAGAACAAAGUACCAAAGCUCAACAUUCCUCCUGUUACUGAA